UUCUCAGUCAGUCCUGGACAAAGGGUUGGUUUGCUAGGAAGAACUGGAUCAGGAAAGAGCACAUUGUUGUCUGCGUUUUUGAGACUGCUAUCAACUGAAGGAGAUAUUCAGAUUGAUGGGGUAUCUUGGAAUAAAAUACCAUUGCAGAAGUGGAGGAAAGCAUUUGGAGUUGUUCCACAGAAAGUGUUCAUAUUCUCAGGGACAUUCAGAAAAAAUCUGGACCCUUAUGGAAAAUACAACGAUGAAGAAAUAUGGAAAGUCACUGAUGAGGUUGGUUUGAAAUCAAUCAUUGAACAGUUUCCAGGUCAGUUGGAUUUCGUCCUUCUUGAUGGUGGAUGUGUUCUUAGUCAUGGCCACAAGCAGCUCGUAUGCCUGGCCAGAUCAGUUCUUAGCAAAGCAAAAAUUCUCCUGCUGGAUGAACCCAGUGCUCACCUGGAUCCCAUAACGUUUCAGAUCAUUAGGAAAACUCUGAAGCAUUCAUUUGCA